CAGUUCAGCUCCCUCCACAACAGCGUACCUACUGUUUUAUUAUAGAAAACAUUGAUCAGAGUUCUCAAAAGUUUGUCUUUUCAGAUUUGUGGAUUGAAACUGUUUAAGAAAAUGUUCCAGGCGUUUGUGAUCUGUUUGUGCUUAUGGCGUCUGAUUGCUGUGUUUGGUGAAAUGAAGUCAGUGUCAGUGAUGGAGGGAGAAUCUGUUACUGUACACACUGAUAUUACUGAAAUACAGGGAAAUUAUGAGAUACUGUGGAUGUUUGGACCUCAAGAGAUUAUCGUAGCUUCAAUUAAUAAAAGGGAUACACAUUUUAUUAAUAUUGAUUAUUUUGAUUAUGAUGAUGUGAGAUUCAAAGACAGACUGCAGGUGAAUAAUGAGACUGGAUCUCUCACCGUCACAAACAUCACAACUGAACACUCUGGACUUUAUCAACUAGUGUCCUUCAGAAAGAAAAUCACACACAGAUUCAAUGUUACUGUCUAUGCUUGUCUGCCCAUUCCUGUCAUCACCAGUUACUGUCCUCAAAACCCUUCAUCAUCUGAAAGUUCAUCUAAAUGUGUGUUGGUGUGUUCAGUGGUGAAUGUGACACAGGUGACUCUCUCCUGGUACAAAGGAAACAGUUUAUUCUCCUCCAUCAGUGUGUCUGAUCUCAACAGCAGUCUCUCUCUACCUCUGGAGGUGGAAUAUCAGGAGAACAACAUCUACAGCUGUGUGAUCAAUAAUCCCAUCAGAAACCAGACUAAACAUCUCAACAUUACUGAAGUCUGUCAGACGUGUUCAGAUGGUGUCCACUGUUGUGAUUCUAUUGAAGCUGUAAUCCGAUUGGUCGUCUCUGUCUGAUGGGCGUGUCUGCUGUGGCUACUGCUGUUGUUCUGGUUUCUGACAUCAGAUCCAGAAGAGCUGAACAGGAGAGAUUAUCACAGACAUCACCAUCACUUAUGCAUCACCUAUUCUCAGACAGACUCUCAGUAACAAUAAGACUCCUUUUUUUAUCAUUAAUUUUUUCAAAGGCAUAGUUCACCCAAAAAUAAUAUUUUGACACUGACUCACCCUCAUGUCGUUUCAAACACAUAUGACUCUCUUUCUUCUAUGGAACACAAAAGAAGACAUUUUGAGUAAUUUACUUUAAUGUACUGGUCACUCUUUACCAUGCAGCUACAAUAAAUGUGCAGCUUUUGAUCUUCAGAAUGGACGCCAAAGCACCAUUAAAUAUCAUAGAAGUCAAUAUGAUUCGUGGGUAUAUGUUUAGUCUUCUGAAUAAGAUUCUCCCAACAGUAAGCACUUCAUGGGUUCUCUGAAAAAGACACAGUCAAACAGCUCGACAGGAAGUGUUGUUGCCCACUGAAACUCAAAAUCUCAGUUAAAGUUCAGAUAAUGUUAAGUGUAAAUUAAGUUGAAACAAAAAACCUGACAAUGGCUAUGAACAUUACCACAGAA